AUCCAAGUUUUUUCUAUUAUCUUUCGAUUAUUAUAUCUGUUUUCUCUUUCUAUCUCUCUUUCAUCAAAAAGAAGUUAUCUGUUACUUGUCCUACAUCAUUACUCCUCACCUGAUAGUUGCCAUUUUAGUAGACAUCUUAGGGAAAUUUAACAUGGUUCAGUGUUAGGAUAUGUGUAAACCCAAAAAGGGAUAGAAUUGUUUGAACUAUUAUUAUCUUUGAUAAUCUUAUUUAAAGUAACAACAGGAGGUGCAAGGAAUUUGUGGAGGGGUUGGGAGUGAAUUCUGCUAGCCAGCAGGGCUCAUGGCAACUUGAUUUAGCACAACAUUUGUAAACGAUUUUAAUGUUUCAUAAAUGUAAUUUUUUUUGUAGUUUAGUUGUGCACAUCAAGCAUAAAAACUUAAUUCAAGAUCAAUAUUAUUUAACUGAUGUUUCAUCAUUUUAAGAGUUUUGAUAUUUUUAAUUAUGUAAUUGUUUCCUAUUGACGUCCCUCUACCUACCUAGCAGACAUCACUAGCAGGAUCAACCAUUAAUGGUACUCCACUAGAAAUUAAGAGUCUUCAUUGGAAUUUCUUGUUCGAUCAUAUAUACAGAAAGGGCCUUCUAAGGACUGUAUUUACUUUUUAUUAAUACUAAUCAUGAACCUUCUACUCAUUCAUUACAUGCUUAGCGGGACUAAUGCAUCAAAGGAGGUCCCCGUUAAUCCCAUCUCUAGCAUCUCUUUUUUUUUUUUUUUUUUUUGUCAGAGUAAAAGAACCAAGUAGUGUUCGAUCAAACAGAGCAUAAUCAUUUUCAUUCUUUGUAUGGAAAAAACAGUCAUCCUUAAUAAUAUGCAUGUGUUAUAUGUUUAAGAUCUGGAAAUGUACCAUAUCCUUAGGACUAGAUGUAUGUAUUUUAGUUCUUCCUCCAUGCUUGACUUAAGUGACAUAGUAGUAGAAACUAGAAAGAACUAGUCGUCAAUGAUGUUGUCGUAUAUCAACCUCUCCUGUGGUUUAAUCAAACAACAGCAUUAGAACACAUUCAUUAGUUGGUAAUUAGUGAUUGUCAUCAAUAGGUUAAAAUGUAUCACAUGAUGGUAAUUAGUUGAUUUUUUUUUUCCUAUUUGCCAUGAGGCCAGCUUAUUGACUUUAUUAGAUGAGAAAAAUUAACUAAAUACCUGGUUCUUUUUGUUUCCUUGGGAAUCAUUUCUAAUCUUUCAUUCAACUUCAGCCUUUAAAACUUUUUAGGAACUUAGAAUACUGGUGAACAAGAAAUAAGCUAGCAUUACAAAUAAUUGUAAAGUCCUAUUAAUUGAACUUUCUUAAUUCAAGACUAAGCCACCUUCUUUUCACUAGGAGAAGAGAAUUUUCAUCAGAUGCCAUGUUUCUUCCUGAUGUAUACCUUGAAUUUAAUUUAUUUAUUUUUUUCUGUUUUAUUCCAGAUUUCGAAGAUGUGUUGCAUUGUCAAUUACUAUUACUUGUUUCAAGCUAUUUUGCAAGCAAUCUCAUGGCUGGCAAUUGCUACAUUACCUGGGACAUCGCUUUCUAUUGCCAUGCUCACUCUCUUUCUCCUCCUUGGGAACCUUGGUGCCUCUAUAGCAGAGGUUGCCAAUGAUGCCAUUGUUGUGGAGGCUGGGAAGCAAUUACAUUCUCCAUCACAAUCAGGCCAACUUCAGUCCUUUGCAUGGAUGUUGGCUUCUCUUGGGGGCAUCCUUGGAAACAUCCUUGGUGGCAUAGCCAUCAAGGAGCUCUCUCCCAAAACUAUGUUCCUGAUCUUUGUAGUCCUCCUGGUUCUCCAAUUCUUCAUGACCAUCACUGUUUCUGAGAGCUCCCUUAACCUUCCCAAAAAGAUGAACCAUUCAUCAAGAUUCUCUAGCAUCUCAAAACAGAUAUCUGAGUUACAUGUUGCUCUUUGCAAUUCUGAGAUCAGCCGUUUGAUUGCGUGGUUCUCAACAUCUUAUGCUAUGAUUCCACUGCUGAAUGGCACCAUGUUCUUCUACCAAACCCAGCACCUAAAUCUUGACUCUUCAAUCAUCGGCUUCUCCAAAGUCUUUGGCCAAGUAGCAUUACUUGUUUGGAGUGUAGCCUACAACAAGCAGUUCAGGAAGUUUCCUGCAAAAAGAAUUUUAUGGGCAUUGCAGGUUGCAAUCGCCCUGUUUAUGGUAUCUGAUGUCUUGUUUGUAAAAGGAAUUUACCGAGAUAUCAGGAUUGCGGACUCCAUGUACGUGGUAAUCAUCUCAGGACUGCAAGAAUCUCUGUUCCAGUUCAAGAUUCUCCCUUUUAGUGUUCUCAUGGCACAGAUCUGUCCAUCUGGGUGUGAGGGGUCAGUCAUGGCAUUUUCAAUGUCAGCGGUGGCACUUGCAACUAUUAUCAGUGGUUAUCUUGGAGUGGCACUUGCCAUGUCUGUAGGUGUAUCUGGUGCUGACUUCUCGGGGUUUUCAGUAGGCAUCUUGAUACAGGCAGCUUGCACCGUGCUGCCUCUCUGUUGGGCAUCGUGGAUCCCAGAUGGCAGCAGGCCUGUCAAGAAAGAAGAGUAGGCUGUGUAAACAUUUAAUGCAUUCCUUCCUAUUCUUUUGGGAUGUCCUUCCGUGGAAGUUUAUUUACAUCAUAGAACAGAGGAUGCAAGCUAGAGGCCAAUGCUGGAAGCUCAUCUUAUUUUGUGCUUGAGGCCCUCGUGCUAUGAUUCCCCUGACCUGUCUCAAGGCUGGAAAACUCUCAAUUCUGUGAACGUGAACGUGUGUUGAUGUGAAUUAAAGCUUGUUUAUGGGAAAAUUACUGGUUGACAGUUGUGAAGAUAGUAUUUGAGGAGGUGCAUAAAUGACAACUUUCUUGGUGCAAAGAGGUUUUUGUCAAGACGUUUUUUGGUGAACCAACAAAUGUUACUACUUUGAUCAGUUCUAUCAUCUCAGCUAAACAUCGAUGAGGUAUGUUAAUUGCUAACGGAUCCAUCAGCACUUGCUCGCCGAGUUUCCUGCAGCGACAUAUGGUUCACAGCUACUAUGUGUGGGAUCUUCCAUCACCGACGAAGGGAAUUGUGCAUCUUAAUUCUCUUUUAUUAUGAUACCUUAUAUUGUAAGAAAAGUGAAUCCUGUUUGGCCAUUACGACCAUCUUCUCGUGACAGAGAAGUUUGUGCUCGAGUUAUAAAUGCCACAACGAGUGAAAUACUACGUGCCUC